UAGUUAAGUAUAGUCCCAAAAUCCAACCACCGACCACUCUAUCAUCAUCAAUUACUCAUUUUCCCACCGUCUGAUCCACCAUCCACGACUCCCAACCCACCAAUCCCACCUAAUUAUUCAACACCCUCCCACAUCAAAUCCAGCAGUCGCUCCAUAACAAUACAACUGGCACACGCUUAUCUUUGCUUCACCUCCUCCUCUCUGCUUUGAACUCUGCAACAGUUUGUCUCUCUCUCCCUCUACCAAACAAACAAAUAAACAGAUAUUUUUAUUCUCUUUUCUCGAGAUUCAAUUCAAAGAUUGGAAUGGCGAUUUCAGUUUCCGCUUCAACAAUUCCUUCCUUGAACACUAAAGCUUCUUCUAGAAACCUCUCCAAACUCUCGUCGCUAUCUUCUCUGCAGUUCCCCGUACAGUUCCGUCAGAUUCAAAUUAUUAACAACAGCCGGAUUUCAUCUCCCUCCGGGCCUCGUUUCCUUCCUCCGGUUGAAGCAAAGAAGCAAACAUUUUCCUCCCUUGAUGAUUUGCUGGAAAACUCUGACAACCCUGUAUUGGUUGACUUCUAUGCAACAUGGUGCGGUCCUUGUCAAUUCAUGGCUCCAAUCCUUAAUGAAGUUGGUGCUGCUUUAAAAGAUAGGAUUAAGGUGGUGAAAGUUGAUACUGAGAAGUACCCAAAGAUUGCUGAUAAAUACAGAAUAGAGGCCUUGCCAACUUUCAUUUUGUUCAAGAAUGGGAAACCUUUUGAUCGCUUUGAGGGUGCUUUGACCAAAGAUCAGCUCAUUGAACGAAUUGAAAAUUCAUUAAGUGUUAAGCAAUAGUCUGACGGUCAGGUUCUACUGGAAACUGGUGUAAUCGAGUUGUUAGAUGGGAACAUUGAAUUUGGUAAAUGAAGAAUUGGCAGGAUGAUACCUCUUCUUCUUUUCUUGUGUAUUUGAAUAAUUGGUAUUGUACCAAAAGAAAAAAGUUCGUGAUAUAACUUGUUCAUCUUAUCAAUCUUGCUGAUUUCUGUGAAAACAAAAUUUUGGAUGAACUAUUUCUAGGACUCCUGAGAAUUGGCACGAUGCUUUUUGUUUCAAAA